UGGAGCUUUGACAGGGGGUAGUUUCGAACCCCCGCCCUCUGAGCAUUUUUCCCUGUUUUAUUCUGCGGUUGGUGUUCACGAAAUUACUCUGUCGGAGGGCGCUUUCCAAACCCCUCCCUGUAAGUAUGAGCUGUAGCUGAGCUCCGCUUACUUCCUGUUCAUUAGCUAACUUCUGAAAAAAGCCUCAGAGUUUACAAAGAGGACUCCAAAGAGGGUAUUUUCGUCUCGAAAUGUGAACAAUCCCAAGCUGUUCGCAGGAUACAAUGUAGGACCUAUAGUGGGAUGUAAAAGUGGGUUUCCGACCUAUGGAUUAUAUAUGGCUAUGAGGGUCAUGGCUUAGGAGGAAACGCUGGAGAAUUUCUGAAAGAUGAAUUGGUCUUCGCUCCUGUGCAUUUUAAUGGUCAGUCUACUAUGUGCCGAAUGUCAUAAUGGCAAUUCUGUUUUUGAGGAUUCAAGUGUUUCGGGAUCUCAUGUUCAAACAGGGACUGAUUCCUUACAAAGUAACAAAACAUGUAAAGAUGAUGAAAUGUAUCUCGAGGUUAAAGGCUUUUGCUGUCAGAAAUGUGGACCAGGUUUCAGAGUUAAGGCAGAUUGUGACUGCCCUAACUGUCGAACCCAAUGUGAACAAUGCAAACCUGGAACUUUCCUUGAACUGCAAAAUUACUGUAAGAACUGCUAUAGUUGUAAGAAGUGUGAUGCAGUUCUUGGGCAGAUCAUAAAAUCGGAGUGCACUACCACAAAAAAUACAGUGUGUGGCUGUCGAGAUGGACACUACAAAGAGAAGCUUGCAAGUGACAAAUAUGAGUGCAGACCUUGCACACAGUGCAACAAUGUUCUAAAAACAUGUCAUGAGUUCAAUGAUACGAUUUGUAAAUGUGAUGCUGACUUCUACUUCAGCUUUGAAGAAAAACGCUGUCUAAGUUGUACAAGCUGCACGAAUGGUGAAGGUGAUCUCUGUAGCACUCAGUGCUUAACAAAACCAGUCGUGACAACAAAGGAGCCACCAGAGACGAACCAUGCUGCUGUUGUACCAGCUAUUGUUUUCGGUGUAGCCUUUAUUGUCAUCACAGCACUCUUUGUGGCCUAUCUCAUCAAAAGUCAACGCAAGAAAAACAGAUCAUUUUAUUCACAAGUUUCUGAGACUGGUUCACCAUCAUCCCAUGACGAGUUGGUGACUAGCAAAGAUCAUUGUGUUCCUUCUGUAGUGACAGUUUGCCCUGUUACUAAUGGUUCAGCCUUGCCCGACUGUGUCAGAAAUGCAGGAAACAUAAAACUACCUAAUGAUUCAGAAACACUCUACAAGGUGGUAAAUGUGGUCCCUGCAGCACGCUGGAAAGAGUUUGUCCGACGCCUUGGUCUACCUGACUCGUGCAUUGAAAGACUUUACUAUGAAAAUCGUCACUUCUACCGGGAGGCUCAGUAUGAGAUGAUCAAAUGUUGGUGUCUCAAAAAGGGACAGUCAGGAGCAACAAUUGAAGUGAUCUACAAAGUGUUAACUGAGAUGGACCUGAGUGGAUGUGCUGAAAUGAUUCAAGAGUCUUUGCAGGCCAAUUAAUCUUACACUGUAGUACUAUCACCCUUAAACAUCGAAGAGGAGUAUGCACCAGCAGAACAAAUGUAGAGGCUCAUUCAGUGCAGCGCUUCUCACAUUCAUGCCCUUUUUUACUUGCCCACUUUUAAUUGUGGGUUGUACUAAUGGCUUUGCUGCAUGGCCAUUUGCCUGCAACAUGAAUACAUGUGCAGACUUAAAGAAAUAAUAAGGUGCAUACAGAUACUAUGGUUCCACUUAUUUCAUCUGAUGUGAGAGACUGUUGUACCUUCGUUAUGUAUGCACUGUACAUGUAUUAAGCCAUGUAAACGUGAAAAAACACAGUUAUUGUGGUAUAUAUUCAGUAAACUGAAGAAAGAAACAUGGCUAAUUGAGUACAAGGUCUGAACAGCUGGUUUUAUUAGUCAUUAAACAAAAGUUUUUUUAUACAUGUAUGUAAACACGUUCAGUUUGUAGAAAAUAUUACAGUAAGACAAAGCUGUUUAUUGUGAUGGAUGAAUAAUUCUUUUGAGCUGUUGGAAAUGUUCAUGUUUGAUCUGUGAUUUUUGUCAUUUUUUUCAUCCAUAAGCAUGCAGACCCAGAUGGGGAUGUAGAUUCAUAGAUCAGUACUAGGCUAACUGCCCUUGUGAGCCAUUUUAAGCCUAGCCAAUUAUCCCUUGGGAGACUUGAACCCUGCACCUUGUGUUUGUAAGGCAAACACCUUAACCAUUAGGCCACCCUCCCAGCCUGUAGUUUAACAUCAUCAGAAAUGCUGACUGUCCAUAAACAGCAAACUUUCCCAUGAAGACAGUACUAACAUGUUAGGAGGUGUGGCUUAUCAUUUUAUCUUAUCAACAGUUAAGGGAACUGUACUUUUGCACUACAGAACUUGAAUCCCAGCAUGAAUCUUUCUCACACUAAUCCCACUGUAUAUACAUAAGUAAGUAAUUUGUUGCAGUCUUCCGAGUUUUCAUCUAGCAUUCCUCGGAUGUCACACCCAUCCCCUUGCUCUCCAUUCUUUCUCCUGUUCUCUUCUGCCUCCUUGCUGGCAUUUAUGAGUAACCUCCACUUCACCCACCCAUUCUAGCAACUUCUUCUAGCUGUCAACCACUUAUUCAGUGAGUUAAUGCUCCCUUCAGCCUUCCCUGUCCCUUCAUUUCUAACCAAUCAUAUUCCCCCUUCAUGAUCUAGUAACCCCAUAUCAUAUCUCCCUAUUCCAUAGGUUCAUAGGUUCAUAGAUUAGUACUAAGCUAACUGCCCUUGCGAGCCAUUUUAAGCCUAGCCAAUUAUCCCUUGUGAGACUCAAACCCUGCACCUCGUAUUUGUAAGGCAAACACCUUAACCAUUAGGCCACCCUCCCACCUGGUCUUCACUGAGUAGAAUUAACGCUUUUUCUUCAUCCUUCUGUCUCCUUUAUUACAGUAACUGCUUUCUGUUGUUCAUCAAGACUGUUAUUUAGGGGGCAAUUAUGUCCUAUGGAAAACACUCAAAAGUGCCAAAUAUCCUGAGAUUUUAGGAGAAAAAAUGUUUCACAAGUUUCCUUAAAUAGUUGAAUUAAGCAAUUGUCUGGUAAUUGAGACAGCACAAACAACUCAUAUGCUAAAAGAAUAAGCUUUUAUUUUGGCAAAAAAUGAUGUUUAUUCCUUUUCAUUGGUUGUGGAUAUAGUUUGUCCUCGUGCUUAUACAUGAAAUGUCCUGUUUUGGGCAUUUGAAAAGGUGGCAGCAUGUAGUGCUAGAAAAUAAACUUAACUAUGCCCCCCACACAGUAGUAGACUAGCCUCCUUUUCCCUGGAAUCUGUUCCCCUUGGGGUGCAGUCAUGUAUCCUGCCGACUUUAGUUGCAACCCUGUCACUCUGCUAUAUCUAAUGCUAUGGUUUUCAGCAUUCUUAGAUACUUGUUCAAAUCAAUGUGCAUUUUGUAAACACUCAAGCUUUGUAACAUACCUCUCAGUUGCUGUGCCUUACUUUUUUGUCCAUGUAGUUCAUUUAGCCAGAACUCUUGUUGAGCUGUUUACCUUCUUCAGUGAUUCAGAGCUUUUGGUGUCAGUUGUAAACAAAUGAAUCCACUUUUCAAUGCCCUUACAUAUGUCCAUGACAUAAGUACUGAAGAAUACUAACCUUUGUGGUACAUCAUUAAUUGGUUGUCUUUCUCCUGCUAGUGUCCCCUGUACAGCCACCUUGUCCUUCCAUCUGUCAGUGUCAGCCUACUUCUGACCCUUGGCUUUUGCAGCUUAUUGUCAUGUAAGCAGGUGAGUUUAAUUGCUUCCCGCAUUAGGGAUAAGCUACAUCUUGUGAGGGCCCUCAUGUCAGGUGCCUCUACAUACCAGUCAUUUAACUGAAUCAGUCAGCUGGCCGUGUUUCUUAACCAUAUAACCAUGCUUGAUCCAUAACUUUAACUUGGCUUUCUUCCUGUUUGUCUCACAGCAUCACAAGAAUUUAUCAGUUUCUUUGAUAGUUUGGCUUACUAGUGUACGGUUCCAGGGUUGAAUUUUGUUGCCUCCUUUGUGGACCGAUCUCAUUUUCCGAUGGCCAGUGAUUACUUGAAUACAUGCUAAAGGGUUGCCAACCUUGGCCAGUAUUUUAAGGAUGGUUUGGUGGCUCAUCUAGCCUUUCUAUGUUGCCUUCCGUCAAGUUGGCAAGCUGCUGCAUUCUUCCUUUCUUCCCUGUUUCAUUCUCACUUUCCAUUUUACCUUCCCACUGCUGUAUGUUUAAUCACUGUUCUCUCAUAAAGUCGGAAGCAGGUAAUUUGUUUUCACGAUCUCCGCUUGCUCAGUGUUAUUACCUAGCCUGCACUGAAUGCUUGCUUAACUCUGUCUUCUUGUACCAAAAAAUCCUUUCUCCUCUUGCCUUAACCCUACCACUAUUUCUGAUUCCACCCCUUCAUUAGCUUCCCGAAGUCCCUGUUUGACUUUUAUUGGCCACCUCCAUGCCUUCAUAUUUUGCCAUACCCUUUCGUUUUCAUGAUUCCUCCUUUUCUAAGGAGGGGUCACCUAUACCUGCCCUAAUCUGGUUGAUCAUAACAGCUGCACCCACAUUCAUUCCCUAAGGAGGAAGAGAUGAUUAUGGCAGAGCCGUCAUCCAUACAUUGGACCCCACCAGUACAUGUUGCAGUUUUCAAAGGUUAGAUAUGCAGUGAAGUGGUUUGAGAGCUCAGCACCCACUCCUCUGAGUGUCAAUAUCCCCACAUUCGCACUCUUUUAAAGGCAAACUUGUGACCAUCUCUGGUCUCCAGCAGAGCAAGUAUCCCAAGAUGCAUUCCUCCGCAAUCCCCGGGGAGAGACGAGUAGGGUGGUGUCUUAUCAUUCUGUCCUUACCCAACCCAUGAUUUCUCCUUAACCACAUGGGUUUCUGUCUUUCUUUAUUGUUGCUUUUACUCUUUACCCACCUCUGUUGUUUUUUGUGCACUUCUUUUGACAUCUCCCAAGACUUAUUUGCCCCUUUUGCUCCCUGCAAACCUAUCAGUUCUCGGCAUCCCUUGUGUCCUUGUCCACCUCUCUGUAAUCAUAAACCUGUAUAUUUCUGUAUCUGUUCCUUUGUUUACUCUCCUACAGUGAAUUCAGCUUACAUGGUCAUUGUUUGCUUAAGAUGCCUUUCCUUAAACCCUCUACUUUCCUUAGCACUAUAUCCGCAUUCUUGCAUAUAUGCUUUGUGCCACCUUCCUUCAGGAUCCAGGUGCAGAACUUGCAUUAUCAGCAAUGUGUCUGAGAAAAGAAACAGCAGAUUUUAGAAUUAUAUAACAUACAUAAACACAAACAACACCAACUAGCUUUUAUGUUACAUGCUAAAGUGUACUGGGCUUUUAUAACAACUUGCAAGAAUAUGUGAUGUUUGUCUUGUCUGCAACAUUCAUAUAAGAGUGGAAGGACUGACAAAUUAGAGCGCAAGAGUGGAAGAACUGGCAAAUUAGAAUGCACUUAAAGUAUAUAAUGUGUUUGAUAUUUUUAAAAGAUUGUAGAGAAUGCUAAUGACAUGGUCCGAUAGUUAGGUAAACAAAAUUACCAUAACCUAUUAAUUCUCAUGCCAUUUAGGACAAAAGGACCCAAUCGUAUGUAUUCAUGGAGAAACCUAUUUCAGAGUGAAGCACAGACAGAAUGGCAUUGUCCAUCUAAAGAAGGUAACAUCCUAAGAACAGUUGGAUCACAGCAGAAGUAGCCCAUUAGUUAAGUUUUUGCCUCACAUCUCUGCGGUGUAGUACUAAAAUCCUGACUCCUGGCCAGUGUCUGGUCAAAGUUUGUGCGUUCUCAUAUCAGCUUGAGUUUUGAUGAAUAUUCGGUUCUCCUCCCAUCUCCCCAAUACUUGCUGUUUGAUACCAUACUCUAAACAGUGUGUGUAUAUGUAACGUAUAUAUUUAUGUUAUCAUCAUAAGUAACACUGCUGCAUUUCAGGUGUAAAUGAAUGGGACGUGGCCACAGGCAAAUGCCAGUCCUCAGGCCAGAUUUCAGGAGUACUCGAACAUCCCUAGAUCAAGCAUAAGAUAACACCUCACUCUGAGGAUUUCAGCCAGAUAUUGCACUGCAAAACAGAGAGUAUCCCAAGCUUUCUUCAUUCUCUUUUGUAGCUGGGGUGAACAAUCGCACUAUCUUACCUGAGUCUGUUAAUGAUGUCCAGGCAAAGAUUGAGCAGCAGAACAAAUUUUAUUGUUGUUUAUUGUUUUCAGAAUGUAUUAUUUUUUAGAGGGUCACUAAGGGCAACCCCAGAAACAGUCAUCAACAAAUAUAUGAGGGAGGGUGUUCCCCUAAUGAUUGUCAUUUAUGGCAUUUACUUUGUCUUGGUGAGGAAUAUAAGGUAGCAAAUUGUGAACAUUGUUAAAACUUUCUUGUUUUGAAAAAAGCCACAAAUCUUCAAGUUUUGGUGAGUUAAGAAAGCUACAGAUACUGUGACCUGGGGUGUCCUCGGUGUCCUCCCCUCUGCUAACUAAUGAAUCUUUGACCAGUUCAGGAAUUAUAAUAAAGUUGAAUAAAGUCCCUAAAAACUCCACAAACUUUGUAAAAUAGACCAAACAAAAUAUUACUUAAGGAAUUUAUGGACAGAGUGUGAGACCUUACUCACCCAGCUGACCCUCAUUUUAGAACCAAUGCAGCAGUGGAAAGUAUGAACAAACCAAAAUGCUAAAACCAUUUAUUUCAAAAAGACUUUAUAAAUAAAUAAUCAGAAGCCCAAAAGUAUAUCACAAAAAUACAUAAACAAAUGCUUUCAUCUGGUAAUACCAGUCUUCAUCAGUUAACUGAAAGCAUCAUGUGACUACAACUUUAAAUACAUCCCUUAUGAGCAUAAAGAUUUAAAGUGAAAGAAAAUGAAGGCUUAUGCUAGAUAAUAUAUGAUGCUACUUCCAUGAUUUUAUAUUGGGUGCUAUGUUUCAUAAUAAGUUGGUUUCAGUUUUUCUAUGUAGAGAUAUAUUGCAUUCUUAAAUAUUCUUUUAUAUUUCUAAAUAUUUUUAAUCCUGGGGGUGCUUCAGGCUGUCAAGCACCAUUUGGGUGUGUGGUUAUCAUUUUAAGUAUGCACUUUCUCUUUAAAUCUUUAUGAUUUAAUAGGAUACAUUGUAUUUAAGGUUGUAGUCAUGAGUCUUUUUGAAAUAAAUGGUUUUAGGAUUUUGGUUUGUUCGUCCUUUCCACCGCUGCAUUGGUUCUUGGCUUUAGUUCAGUAUCAUUGGAGCUGACCCUCAUUUUAGGCUUGAGGAGCCUCAUCCUUAUUAGUCCAGGUUGCAUCACCUCCCAACCCAGGAUACCUUACCAGUUAUAACUCCCCCUGUAAUGGUCCUUUUUAAGGCAGGCAGGGUAGGGCUAUUUUUUCAAGAGUCAGGUCUCAGAAGAAUCUGUCACUGUGCUGCAUGCAGAUGUCAAUCUCCAGUUGUACUUGGUGGGUAGAGGCUUUCCUUGGGAAAACUUCCAAGAGUUUCAUUCUCUCCUGUGAGUGCAAACAGCAGAAACUUUUUCUGUUGUAUAGACGUUUGCUGCCAAUGAUGUAUCUGCUACUACUUCCCUGCUUUUCUUGUUGCAGGAGGGUUGAUGGCCCUUUUGACUGGUGAUCUCUGGUGACCACCCUGUCGGGUGCUUAUUCUACUAUCUCCUGCAGUUCCUUUACAGUUUAUUUAAAGGAGAUGUAAGAGGAGUACUCGCUGGCUUUGCAAAGAGCUGUUCCACUGCUCACACAAUACUGUACAGACUCUACCUUGCAGUUAAUCAUACCGAAGGAAAGGAAGCAGGACUUCUCUUUUGAGGCUUUUCUUCUGAAAGCUCGUCAAACUGACCCUGGAGAGGAGGAUCCAUCGUACUUGAACAGGAUCUGCUUUCCCAUUGUCUGUGAAACAGAUAACAAUGGCAUUGUUUCAUUAAGCUUCUGUCAGAGAAGAUAUGUCACAUGGAAGAAACAGUAUUACAGCGAUAAACUUCAAGUGAUGGAACUGACUGAAACCCAGGAGUGGAACUUUGCUGCUGGACACAGAGAACUUAAACUCUCAGUCAUUUUGCAGUAGGGCAAGUGCUUGAAGAUGUCUUUCAUAGUGUGUAACCAGUGCAGGAUAGGCAACCCUGUGUACCCAGAAAGCAUGACAGAUUUUCUAGAAUACAAGAAUAACACAAGUACCUGUACAAGAACCGUGUUGUAGACCCAUCAGUUUUUAUUUUUUGUGGCUGCUUCUGGGGGAGCUAGAGGUCCAUACCAGGUUCACAUAUCCUCCCAUAACAGGGGCAGUGGAGUCCUAGAUUUCCUAAAAAUGUUUGUUCCUCUGUCAUGUUGAUCAUCAAUGCUAUUAACUGUCAGGCACAUAUGAUUAAAUACUUGGGGAGGAUAUCCUCAAACAGACUGAAUAUAUUGCCAGAAAUAUUGCUGGUGGGUCCAGAGGAAAGAGGUUAGUAAAACUUUUGUGAUCUGCAGCUAAAGUGGAAAAACGCUUUAAGUAUGGAUAUGGUGCAUGCAGUGAAUGAUUUUUCUCGAACAUCUCCCUCUGGAACAGUGAAUUGGAGACAGGCCUCAUUAUGGCUACAACCUUCACCAGAUAAUGUGAAGGGGGUGUUGUUAAAUAUGUCAAUAUAUACAGAGAGAGAGAGAGAUUUGCACCCUUUUUAAGAAAUUUACAAAAACACUGCAGAAAAUCAAAGAUCAUGCAGUUUAGUAAAAGAGCACUUCCAGCCACAAUCCCUGGAUGCUGUAGGAACUACUCCACUAACCAGAGAGUGUUGUGUAUGAAGCAGGCAAAGGAGGCUCAAUAUGGCGAAAAAAGCAGCCAGAGUGGAGAGAGAGAGAAAAGGCCCUGUCAAACCACAGGGAUGUAGAGCUGGAUGUGGGUCAUCUUCAACCAGUAUUGGAGCCAAUCCCAUGUGACUUCCUGUCUCUGAGCCUACCCCAUGUGACUUUCUGUAUCUGCUCACCCUCCUCCUCCCUUCCUUAAAGCCUCCUGCCUAGAUGAAUAUGGUUAUUCUUGACUUCUAGACCGAUAAAUGCAGGAAAUAUUAAUCUAGGGCUGCACCACAGACGCUGUGCAGUUCCCUUCCUUCCUUGCCAUACUUACAUGUACCAGGAACCAUCUACAUUUGGCCCACGUCUGUUUUCCAGCAGAUUGUUGAAUACAUGCCAAUCGAUGUUAUCCUAGCAGCAGAGAAAGGCAAAGCAUUUUAUUCAGGACUUUUCCUUGGUACUCCAGGAAAAGGGUGUGGAGAAGUGCAUGCUAGACCUUUCAAGUCAAAAAAAUGUGCAACAGUCAUGAAGCUCAAGAUGUUAAGUUUAGAAGGCUUACUCCACCAUACUAAGGCUUAGUCUGCAAUACUUCUGUUAAGUUUAGAAGGCUUACUCUGCAGUACUUCUGUUAAGUUUAGAAGGCUUACUCUGCAGUAAUAAGGCAUACUCUGCAGUACUUCUAUUAAGGUUAGAAGGCUUCGUCCUCAGUGCUUCUUUCUCCUGUUAUUAAUCAUUGCCUUUCUCAUUCCUUUAGGCUUGAAUGAUGCCUGCCAAUACACAUCCCUAUUCACAUAGUGCACAUACGAUACCCAAGAUUUUUAGUGGAAGUCUUCCAUUUUUUAGUUUUACCUUUUUGGUUCUUGGUCUUUCUGCUGUAGCCUGAGUCUUAGUUAAAUGCAUUUUGGCACUUUUUGCCCGCAUUAAAAGAAAUGGUAUUCAUAUCUAUAUUUGUUUGGACAGGUAUCUGAGACAGGCAUAUUCAUUAGUGGAGUUGAAGAAAGCUCUCAAUUAAAUUUUCAAUUACUUUUUGAGGCUGGGAAUAUCCGUAAACUUCAAAAGUCCAUUUUCUUCUUCUUACGUCACUUACAGACACUACAGACUCAUACUGUCCAUACCUUGGGACAGGAUUUUAUUUACUUCUAAAUUCUUAUGGAUUUCACCGAACUGUCAUAUAACCAGCAUUUGUAUGAAAGUCCUGGGGUAUAUGACAGUAUUCAUUGUAAUGACACCUCGUGCAAGAGUGCAUAUGAGGAUGUCCUGGGGUAUAUGACAGUAUUCAUUGUAGUGACACCUCGUGCAAGAGUGCAUAUGAGGAAGUCCUGGGGUAUAUGAUAGUAUUCAUUGUAAUGACACCUCGUGCAAGAGUGCAUAUGAGGAAGUCCUGGGGUAUAUGAUAGUAUUCAUUGUAAUGACACCUCGUGCAAGAGUGCAUAUGAGGAAGUCCUGGGGUAUAUGAUAGUAUUCAUUGUAAUGACACCUCGUGCAAGAGUGCAUAUGAGGAAGUCCUGGGGUAUAUGAUAGUAUUCAUUGUAAUGACACCUCGUGCAAGAGUGCAUAUGAGGAAGUCCUGGGGUAUAUGAUAGUAUUCAUUGUAAUGACACCUCGUGCAAGAGUGCAUAUGAGGAAGUCCUGGGGUAUAUGAUAGUAUUCAUUGUAAUGACACCUCGUGCAAGAGUGCAUAUGAGGAAGUCCUGGGGUAUAUGAUAGUAUUCAUUGUAGUGACACCUCGUGCAAGAGUGCAUAUGAGGAAGAUCAAGCGAAACCUCUAAAGCCUAUGAGACCAGCAUCGCCUGUCCAUAGAGCAUAGGGUUCCCAUUAUCUCAGGCCUUUCUUCCACCUUUCAAAAUGUUAACCAUUGAUGUCUCAGAAUACGGUGGAGGGUUGGCAUAUUUUAAAGUCCAGGGCAGAUAUUCCAAGACUCUGCUGAACAAGCAUGUAAAUGUGAAAGAGGUGACUCCAGGCCUUCAGGUUAGUAUUCAAUUCAGGGACCAUGCUGUGGUGUCAGACAGUACUACAGUGAUGUAACACAUUACCAAGCAGGAGCGUAGCCACUCCUGCCUCUUCUACAGAUUACCCUUGAUGCUUUGGGACUUGUCCAUCAACUUGGCCAUAAGUCUACAGUCAGUCUACAUUCCUGUAAAGAGUUGUUAAAGGCCUUAUGCAUAGGACUUUAGGAAGUCUGCAUGACUAGAAAAUAAGACACUUUUCCUAAAGAUCACAGAUGUGGGGCACCUCAGGUGUCUACUUAUCCACAACUUCAAACAUGUAUUACCUGAGGAAAUUCUGUCACCCAAAUCCUUGCUUAGCAACAUGGACAGCACAUUUCAUUAUCUACACAGUGGAGUUGUGGACAUCUGUGUAUUUCUGCUUCAGUCAGAUACCUUUAAUUCAUUAUAGUAAAAGCAAAAAGAUGGUAAUUACUCUCAACUCAUUUACAUGUUCUGUAUAAUUCAGUGCUACCUCUCAACUGCAUCCUGCUGAUCCAACAACAAGGGACUUUGAUGUACCUCGUCAGUGGUCUCAAGCCCAAUGUCUGGAUGGUUCCAAGUCAAUACCAGAAAGUUAUGUGUUCUCCUUGUAUGCUAUCUGUAUAUUAUUGGAAGCCAGAAGGUCCAAUACCAGAAAGUCCUACCUUUUCAAAUGUAGCAAGAGGCAUGUGAAACUAACAGCUUCUUGAUUUCCCCUGUAGUUUGGCAGUACCUCUCUAUAGUGUUUUAGCGAUACCUAGCCUGCUAUUCUGUUGAAAUACACAUGUCAACAAUUUCAGCCUGUUUGCCUUUGGACUUUUCGGUCUCUCCCAGCUCUGAUGUAGAGGUGUUCCUGAAAGGUGCCUUACAUCAAGGAGCCCCAUCCCUUUAUGGAUUUGAACUUUAUAAUCGAGACUCCUCCUCCUCCUCCUCCAGUUGAGCUUGCCAGUCUUGCUGCAAUGAAGUUCAUGUCUUGGAAGACAUUUAUCUUAAUAGCAACGAUGUCAUCCAAACAAAUCUGAGGUGUGCAGGUUCUGAUCUGCAGGGUACACUACAGUAUGUUCCACAAGGAGGGGUUGGCACUCAAAACCAAUCUGUCUUUCAUGGAUUUGGUGGUUAGAGUGUUCUGUGAAACAAGUCAUUAAGCUUCCUGUUUUUCACAACAGUCGACAGAAUAAAUGUGUAUCUCUGUACCGUAGGAGUAACCUUUCAUGAUGGACUACUACAGUCUUUACCUGGCUCAGGUUUCCCCUGUCUUAUUAGGAGAGGGAUGGGUUUGUUUAUGAUGUGUGGUGACUCUAUUUUCCAGAAAACUAACUGGAGAUAAUCCGGGGCACUCUUUUAUACUCCUAUUUCUGAAGUUCUUGGCAAGGUAACUAAUCUUUUACUGAGUUUGGGAUAUCUGACUGCUCUUGAAGAUGAAAAGAAAAAAAAAACACUUCAUAGUAAAUUGGUUCACUCAAAACUGGAAAAUAAAAAUGAACUAUAACAGAUGACACUUUAUUACUUGUUUACCAGUUUUCUCAUCUAUACAAAUGGAAGAUUUUCUCAGAGCAUAGAGUAUUUGCUGAAAGGUACCAGUUUCUUUAACUUGAUCACAUAUUCAUCAUCAGCUAAUCAUGUGAUUGUACCCACAUUUCUCUUGAAAGACCAUAUUUCUCCUGAAAGGAGUAUAAUUCCAUUCCAUAUAAAUAUAACUAUGAUUAAGUGCCAAAUGAACUAGAGUACUACAUAAUAAACUCUCUGUUAAGUAUUAUGUGCUGCAAGUUUAAUGUAUUUUUUUAUUUGAAUGCUUUUUAAUCUGGUGUUUGUCAACAUUCA